AUGCCUGGCAAGGAGGUCGAGCGUCAAGAUGGCCUAGAGGAGUCUGUGGAUAGCGGUCUCCUUACAUACACUAUCCCAGCUCUUAUCGUGCGCGACCAAGGCUAUCAACCUUUCACCGGCAACGUCGUCGGUCCGGGCCAUACCCUCCUCCGAAAGGAAUCUAUGCCCACGCUGGACGAUGUCCAGCUCAAGUGUUGCGGCUUCAUUCAGCUGACCAAAUUCCUUGCCCCCGGUAAUCCUGAUAAGACCCCGUUUAGAGGCUUCCAUCCCUUCCAAGUCUUUGUUAUCUUCCCGAUCCGCGCGAAUCCGUGGGCCUCGCUUUGCAAGAAGAUAGCCGAGAGGCGAGACACCCAGUUCCAGAGCAAUGUUUUGCUGACCUGCACCGGCAAGGUGGCCGGCCUGCUUGGCCAUCAUCUCAUGGUGCAGCCGCCGACCCUCGAGCAGGACUACGUCUUCAUCGUCGUUCCGGACUCCUGGACCUUUCUCGACAAGGGAGUUUCCGGGCCUGUCUCACCAACACCGCCGCCGGGUGCUGCGACAUCCGCGCUCCGUCUAUCGUCUUUAGGCCAUACGCCGUUCGAGGAGAUUAAGGCCAAAUUUACCGCCCGUAGACCCGCCCCGCCGACUCCUCUUUACGAUGCGACCCCGACUCUAGCUUCGACCCCGGGCGAAUCGAUACUAUCUGUCCUCUCUAUACCAUCUACAUAG